GUCGGGGUAGGAAGUUAGGGUUAGAGGCUACCGGCGAGGCUAGAAUCCCGGCGUGGUCGGUUGGAGCAGAUAUGUCUGUCCGGAGGCACAUUGGGAAUCCCGAGGUUGAGAAAGUUGUGAGGCUAAGUUUGGGCUCUGCAGGAGAAUGCCAGGAUCCAAUAUAAUCUCUACCACGGAGGCGAGGGAGUAUCUAACCAAAAGAAUACCACAAAACCCAAGGUAUCAGCAUAUCAAGUCAAGACUGGAUACUGGUAACAGCAUGACUAAAUACACUGAGAAGCUAGAAGAGAUCAAAAAAAAUUACAGAUACAAAAAAGAUGAGCUUUUCAAGAGACUGAAAGUUACAACUUUUGCCCAGCUGGUCAUCCAGGUUGCUUCCCUAUCUGAUCAAACACUGGAAGUGACAGCUGAAGAGAUUCAAAGGCUAGAAGACAAUGAUUCUGCGACUUCGGAGCCCGAUGGGGAAGUCAGUGCCAGGACCAACGGGAAGGGGAGCCCCGGGGAGCAGUCGCCAAGCCCUGUCCAGUCCACAAACAGCGUGGGAGCCGGGGAUUCCAGUCGCUCGACUCUGCAGAGCGUCAUCAGUGGUGUUGGGGAACUGGAUCUAGACAAAGGGCUAGUGAAGAAAGCCGAGCCCAACACCAAAGACCGACCUUAUCCCGACUGCCCCUUCCUGCUGCUAGAUGUGCGAGACAGAGAUUCCUACCAACAGUGCCACAUCGUUGGAGCUUACAGUUACCCAAUCGCAACUCUGUCUAGGACAAUGAACCCUUAUUCAAAUGACAUUCUUGAAUACAAAAAUGCUCACGGCAAGAUCAUCAUUCUGUACGACGACGACGAGAGGCUGGCGAGCCAGGCGGCCACCACUAUGUGUGAGCGGGGAUUUGAGAACCUCUUCAUGCUUUCCGGAGGUCUAAAAGUCUUAGCUCAGAAAUUCCCAGAAGGACUGAUUACGGGUUCCCUGCCAGCAUCUUGCCAGCAGCCCCUUCCUUCUGGCUCUGCCCGGAAACGAUCCAGCCCCAAGGUGCCGCCUCCACCAGCUGAGAAUAAAUGGAGAUUUACCCCAGAAGACUUGAAAAAGAUAGAAUAUUACCUGGAAGAGGAGCAGGGUCCUACGGACCAUCCUAGCCGGCUGAGCCAAGCUAAUGCCUCCGGAAGAGACUCCAAGGUUCCAGGCACCCGCAGCGGUCAGAACCCGCCCGCCAGGGGCCCUGGUGGCCCCCCGAAUCCCCGCUCGCUCAGCAGUGGCCACCUGCAAGGCAAACCCUGGAAGUAAAGACUUUGCCUGUCUUAGUCAAAUAAAUACUUUGUCUCCUUUCGGAACCCCUGAGCAGUUCCCAAGUUGGUCAUUUUCAGCAACUGCUGCAGAGGAAAGAGACGCCAUGUGCGAUGGGCCCUCCUUCCUCUGUGUCCGCCUCCCUUCCUGCAUCCAACUCGGGGGGAGUGUUACAAAAACCAGAGGCAUGGCAGGCUCUAGUGUCUUCCCUAUUGUUUACAGAAUAUUUAAGUUUCUGAACCUGAGUAAGAAAAAAGAGUCUAAUUUUUGGGGCUUUUUUUUUUUUUUUUUUUCUUUCUUUCUACUUAGGUCCAGCUUAUAUUGGUUCAUAUCCUGCAUUGUUUUGUAAGUUCUUCGGGCACAUCUGGUACGUUCUUCCCAGCCAGUUCUUUUUCACUCGCUGUUCUUGGCUUCGUGGAGGUUGUCCAGGUGGGCUUUGCAGUCCCAGAAGCUGUCCCUGGGGGUGGAUGAUUCUCAGCUUUCAGCCACCCCCAGGGGCGGGCCCACUGGCUGAGGAGCUCUCUGCCCGGCACACACCGCAGGCUCCGUGGUGAGUUUGGAGGCUGGCACCUUGAGCAUUGCUCAAUCUUGAGGUUUGCUAGAGCCACUCUCACACUUCCGGAGUGCUGCUCCCCACCAGAUGUUUUCCUGGAACCAGCACUGUGCUGACGUGUGCUCAGCCACCUCCACAUGGGGUACCGGCUUCCUCCAGAAGAGCCCUGUCCGUUAUACGGGCCUGUGUUAAGAGCCAGUGAAGCCCCCCCUGCCCUCCCCGACCUGCCCCUCAUUCAUGGUUAGUUUAUCGGUUGUAAAUUUCCAUUCCCCAGCUCAGGUCCAUCCGUCUUAGAUGGGUAGAAAUUAUGGCCACUUGAAAACAUCAUCCUCAAUCGGGCCACUGCAGGCACACAUGGUGAGGACGACUCCGAGGUCCUUUGUCAGAGCCGACAGCCCCUUUAAGCCCUGGCUUAAAAAUACAGUAUUAGUCUAAUUGAGUAAUUAGUGCAAUUUCCUGCUUACUUUUCAUUCUCACGACUGAGCUGUGAUUAGGAGGUUGUGAUUAUAGAUUCUGGUUUGGGCCAGAAUUUUGAAUCAGCAUUAAUUGAAUUGCUAGAUGACUGACAUUCAUUCCAUUUAAUUGGGGGAACAAAAGACCUCAGGUAAGGAUGAGGAACUCCGAAAUCAUCAGGAAAAGGGAAAGAGCCUUGUUAAUUUUUAUGGUCUGUGAUCUGUAGCUGUGAUAAGGGACCAAGGAAUAAAUUGUCCUCUUUGUCAUGGCAACCAGCUUCUGAAAAGCCAACUGAAAAUUGCCUAUCCUUAGGUGGUUACCGCUGCUGGGUAAGAUUUGCCUUAACGGGACUAUUUUCUCGCCACCAAAAAAAAAAAAAAAAAAAAAAAAACUGGAAAAAGAGAAGGCACCGCAGUAUUUCUAGCAUGGGGGGGGGGUGCGUAGUUUGUAAGAGAAACAAAGGUAAUAAAUAUCUCAUAGAGACAUAUGGAAAAAUAACUUUAAGAUUCAGCCCAGUUCUGUUUUAGUGUGUUUAUUCUUCUCUACUUGAUUUCCAAAGUGCAACAUAUUCCGAUGCUUUAGAAAUCAAACAAACCAGGGACAUUGUUCAGAUGUCAAGCCGUACCCAAUUUUCCACAAGAUUCAAGAAUCUUGUAUAAAAUUCAGCCAACGUACACAUAGCUUUAAUGAGGAGCCUGUCAUGUUUCCCCAUAAAUUUAUUGCCUGAGAACUUAGUUCAGCCUUUUGCUAAUGCCAGAAUGCUCUGGCUUUUUAUUUUCUUUACAGCUUAGAUUUUUUAAAAAUGCCAAUUUUUCCACCCUCAACUUUCCCCUAGCAUGGACAAGAUUUUCAGCCAUUUAUGACACAUAUACGUUUUCAAGGGGAAAAAAAAAAAAAAAAAACCCAUCUCUCUCUGUAACAAAGUUCUGUUUAUGCCAUUUUAAAGUUGACUGGUCAGGAGUUUAGAUUUCCCCACUCAAUUCUGUUCUGAAAGUGACGAUAGGCCCCCUUUGUUCCUACACUGCAUUCCAAUCACCAAACCCCCCUAGUGUUUUAGAACCUACUGUAUAUAUGUGGAAAGUCACUGCAGCCAAACCUAUUAGAAUCGCUGCGCGUUUAGCUGAGGCGUCUGGCAGGUUGAAUAUAUUUAUGUGUGUUUCUCCAUGGUGCUUUGCCUGUUGGUAAGGAUUUUAAAUAACUACCCCUCAAAGACCUGUUCUGUUUCUGCUCUUUGUGUGUUAAGUGUCACUCGCAGACAGUUUUUACAUGCUCAAGUGACCGUCCCAAACGUUCUACUUGACUGGUUUCUUCAUUAGAUUAACGGACAUGUAUUAUUUAAGUGAUCCGUGACACUCUGUGCAAUUAUGAAUGCUGAAGAUUAAAGUACAUAGUUGUU